AUGAUUCAGGCAGUCUUUGAAGAACCAGCAGUUUUCGUGAUCUGGGUAUUGGCUCGUUUGAUCUCUCUGCUUCUGGGGAUGAGGAAUGAUGGUGGCCAAAAGCAGCAGGGUGGUGUUCCUCGCCCCGCACGGACCAAUAACUUUAUUCCCAACUCGUUUCGUGCCAUUUCAAGCUAUUUGAGAAUCGUUUCGUCCGGUGCUUCAACUGUUGCUCGGUCUGCAGCGUCGGUGGCUUCAUCCAUUGUUGAUAGGGAUGAUGAUACCAACCAUGAUCAGGUGAACUGGGCUGGCUUUGACAAGUUAGAAGGUGAGGGAAAUGUCACUCGGCAAGUUCUCCUGCUGGGUUACCGUUCUGGUUUCCAAGUUUGGGAUGUUGAAGAAUCAGAUAAUGUCCGUGACCUGGUUUCCAGAUAUGAUGGCCCUGUCUCAUUUAUGCAAAUGCUACCUAAACCAAUAGCCUCAAAGAGAUUGGAAGACAAGUUUGAAGAAAGCCGUCCAUUGCUGGUAGUUUGUGCUGAUGGGUCCAUUUCUGUCGGCAAUAAUGUACAGGAUGUGAUGGCCUCUCCUCGCAAUGGUAUUAGUGCAACCAGCCAUGACACAAUGAACAGUGGUUUUGUGCCUACUGUUGUUCGGUUUUAUUCCUUGAGAUCUCAAUCUUAUGUUCAUGUUCUAAAGUUUAGAUCAGUUGUUUAUUCUGUAAAGUGCAGUUCUCGAGUUGUUGCUAUUUCUCAAGCAGCUCAGAUACACUGUUUUGAUGCCACAACAUUGGAGAGGGAAUAUACCAUUCUUACCAAUCCCAUAGUUGCGGGAUUCCCUGGUUCUGGAGGUAUAGGUUGUGGACCUCUUGCAGUAGGCAAGAGGUGGCUGGCUUAUAGUGGAAGUCCUGUUGCUGUAUCUACUUCCGGGCGUGUCAGUCCACAACAUCUGGAAUCUUCUGCAAGUUUUUCUGGUUUUCCUUCAAAUGGAAGCCUGGUUGCUCACUAUGCAAAAGAAUCAAGCAAGCAACUAGCUGCUGGGAUUGUAACCCUUGGAGACAUGGGAUAUAAGAAGCUCUCCCGGUACUGCUCUGAGCUUAUACCUGAUAGUAAUAUUCCGCUUCAUUCAGGGAAUCCUGGCUGGAAAGGCAAUGGAACUGUCAAUGGCCUGUCAGCAGACACGGAUAAUGUUGGAAUGGUCAUUGUCAGAGAUAUUGUCAGUAAAGUUGUUAUUGCACAGUUUAGGGCGCACAAGAGUCCUAUUUCUGCAUUAUGCUUUGAUCGUAGUGGCACCCUUUUAGUGACUGCUUCGGUUCAGGGGCAUAACAUCAAUGUUUUUAAAAUAAUGCCUGGAAGCUCCUUUUCAACUGAUGCUGCUGCAUCUUAUGUACAUCUGUACAGGCUGCAACGUGGAUUUACAAAUGCGAUAAUACAGGACAUCAGUUUUAGUGAUGACAGCAACUGGAUCAUGGUUAGUUCCUCCAGGGGGACAAGCCAUCUGUUUGCUAUAAAUCCUUGGGGAGGAUCGGUAAAUCUUCCAACUGCUGAUGCUGGUUUUACUACUAAAAAUACAGGAUUGGGUGUUACAAGUAAAUCGGCAGUUCGUUGGCCAGGUGUGCAAAUGCCUAAUCAGCAAAGCCUCUGUUCAGCUGGUCCCCCUGUUACACUUUCUGUUGUUAGUAGAAUAAGAAAUGGAAAUAAUAGUUGGAGAGGCACCGUAAGUGGUGCUGCAGCAGCUGCAACAGGGAAGAUGAGUUCCCUUUCUGGGGCCAUUGCUGCUUCUUUUCACAAUUCCAAAGGCCAUACUCAUUAUGUGGAUUGCAGCUCUUCGAAGGCUAAGUACCACCUUUUGGUUUUUUCUCCUUCUGGUUCCAUGAUACAAUAUGCGUUGCGAAUAUCAAAUGGUCCAGAUUCGACAGCUGUGACUGGAUUGAACACUGCGUAUGAGUCAGGCCUGGAGGGUGAUGCAAGAUUAGCAGUUGAAGCUAUUCAGAAAUGGAAUAUAUGUCAAAAACAAAAUCGAAGAGAACGAGAGGAUACUACCGACAUAUAUGGUGAGAACGGAAAUUUAGACAACAAUAAGAUAUAUCCUGAAGGGAAGAAAAAGGGAAACACCAUUUAUCCUGAAGCUUGGAGCACUGUCACAAAAGCAAAGAUCAGCCCUGAGGAGAAACAUCAGUUGUAUAUUUCAGAAGCCGAACUGCAGAUGCAUGAAGCUCAAAGUCCAGUGUGGGCAAAACCUGAGCUAUACUUUCAGUCAAUGAUCGUGGAAGGUGUCAAAAUGGAUGAUGAAACUGCUUCAGGAGGGGAAAUUGAGAUCGAAAGGAUUCCAACUCGCAUGAUUGAAGCAAGGUCAAAGGAUUUGGUCCCAGUUUUUGACUAUCUUCAAACUCCCAGAUUCCAACAAACAAGGGUUGCUGCUAUGGAUAGAAAUGUUAGCGGGAUAUCUGAAAAUGGCAGGCUUUCAUGCAGAAGCAGUUCAGGCUCUCUUGACACCAUGACUGACAGUGGUGCUGGUGUGGCAGAACUUAGCAAUGGCACUGAGGAAACUGAGUGGGGUGGUUCUCAGACGGCCGUAGAAAACAAGGGUUUUGUAAAUAACAAUGACAGCCAAAAGACAAAGACUCAGCUUGAGAUUGUAAAUAAUAGGGAGAGGACCUUAAAAACGGAGGCCCAACUUAAGUUUGUAAAUAGUAACAUAGAAGGCAUGGGAAUGGAGAAUCUAUUCAGAGAGGAAGGUGAUGAGCUUGAUUAG